CCCAUGCUCCCCAGAUGCGAGCUAGCGCGACGACUGGGCACUGAGAACCUGCAGCUCGCUGCCUACAUCCCGCAGCCUCGUCCCGCGUGCUCUUCACUCCGCGCCCUUCCGCGCCGCCGAGCCGCAGGACCUCCUCUGGGCGCCAUGCAUCCCGCGCGCCCCGCGCUCUGGGCCGCUGCGCUCACCGCACUCACUCUGCUCCGCGGACCGCCGGUGGCGCGGGCCGGCGCGGGCGCGGUGGGCGCGGGCCCCGUGGUACGCUGCGAACCGUGCGACGCGCGUGCGCUGGCCCAGUGCGCGCCUCCGCCCACCGCGCCCGCGUGCACGGAGCUGGUGCGAGAGCCCGGUUGCGGCUGCUGCUUGACUUGCGCGCUGCGCGAAGGCGACGCGUGCGGCGUCUACACGGAGCGUUGUGGCACCGGUCUCCGCUGCCAGCCGCGGCCCGCAGAGCAAUACCCGCUGAAGGCGCUGCUGAAUGGUCGCGGGUUCUGCGCCAACGCCAGCGCCUCCAGCAGCUUGAGUGCCUACCUGCCCUCCCAACACGCCCCAGGAAACAUCAGUGAGUCUGAGGAGGACCACAGUGCUGGGAGUGUGGAAAGCCAGGCCGUGUCCAGCACACACAGAGUGACCGAUUCCAAGUUCCAUCCGCUCCACGCAAAGAUGGAUGUAAUCAAAAAAGGCCAUGCUAAGGACAGCCAGCGCUACAAAGUUGACUACGAGUCACAGAGCACAGACACCCAGAACUUCUCCUCUGGGUCUAAGCGGGAGACAGAAUACGGUCCCUGCCGCAGAGAAAUGGAGGACACACUGAACCAUCUGAAGUUCCUCAACGUGCUGAGUCCCAGAGGGGUCCACAUCCCAAACUGUGACAAGAAGGGAUUCUAUAAGAAGAAGCAAUGCCGCCCCUCCAAAGGCAGAAAGCGAGGCUUCUGCUGGUGUGUGGACAAGUACGGACAGCCCUUGCCAGGCUACGACACCAAGGGCAAAGACGAUGUGCACUGCCUCAACGCACAGAGCCAGUAGAUGCCACCGCGCCACUUAACGUGGAGCUCCACUACGCCUUAUUUUGCACAAAAGACUGCCAACAACAUGAUCAGCAGCUGGCUACAGCCUUGACUUCUAUUUCUUUUGUUUUAAUUUUUUUACUUUUUUUUUUUUUU